ACGUCAUAAUAUGACUGUUCCGAUUCGACCAAUAGCUGAUCGACAGGCAAGCCACAAAAAUAAAUAUGGGUGAUUGUUGAUGGAAAUUAUUGAUAAUGUAGAAAAAUAACGUCAGUAUUUAGACAGAUAAAAUCUAGAAACACGAUAAAUUAUCAUAAAAGUGAUUAGUUAAUUUCUAGUGUCAGAUUGAAAAACAAGUAUGGAUUCAUUUGUAACUCUCAUAGUUAAAGCUCCAAAUCAACAAAUUGAAGACCAGACAAUUAAAUGUGAACCUUCAUGGACAAUUCAAAAAUUAAAACAACAUUUAUCAGAGGUUUAUCCCAGUAAACCCCCGCGACAGGAACAGAGAUUAAUAUACUCUGGACAAUUAUUGAAUGAUUCUGCAACUCUGGAAGAAGUUUUAAGGCAAUAUGAGGGGCAAGAUACACAUACAGUACAUCUUGUUUGUUCUUCCAAAUAUAUGAAUAGUAUUCCAGAAACCAAACCAAUAUCACAGCCUAGUACACCAAAUAAUGUUCAAAAUUCACCAUCAACAUCAAGUACAUCAUCAAAUCCAACCACAUCAAGUGAACAGAAUCAGUCAAAUGUUCCUCCUACUAUGCCAUAUUUUAAUGUUAAUAGUGGACCUGUAGACCCUAAUCAGUAUGCUAUACAACUAGCUUGGAUGCAGCAGGCUUAUUUCCAGUAUAUGGCUCAGUACAUGCAACUGGCAGCGAAUUCUUAUGGAGCACCUCCUCAGGGAAUACCAAAUACUGGGGAACCAGCGGCUAAUCCUGCUGAACAACCUCCGGCAGCUGCCGAGAUUCCAGCCGUUGCACGAGAUCCAGAUAAUCCCGAACGAGAUUGGCUAGAAGUAUUUUACAUGUUGACAAGAGCUACGGUACUCUUCAUCGUUAUAUAUUUUUAUUCCAGUCCAAUAAGAUUUUUAUUUGUUUUUCUUCUGGGAGUAGGUUUAUAUCUGUAUCAAAUAGGAUUCUUUAGAAAUAUGAAUCAUAAUAACAACCAUAUUAAUGGUCCUCCAGAACAAGCACAAGAAGAAGAAGCUGCUCCAUCUAGGUUCAUGAUUGUCUGGACAUUUUUUGCUACAUUUUUUGCAUCUCUUAUCCCUGAAAUUCCAAAUCCAAUUUAGUGAUUCUGUUUCUCAAUUGGUUCUAUAAAUAUGUGUUUUGAAUACCACAUUGAAAUUGUUUUCUAAGAAUGCAACUAUAUUUUCUUGUGAAGGUCUAGUGGUUUUGAAGAAUAGGUGCGUUUAAAGACAUUUUCCAAAUUUUAGUUUAUCUAAAAAUAUUAAAUGAAAGUAAUGAAGUUGAAAGGUAUAAAACUCAAAAUUGAUCUAACGUUUUAUCAUUAUCAAAGAAAUAAAAAAAUUGUUAUUAAAGUAUUUUUACUUAUCCCAAAACAAUAAAACUUUUAAUAUAAAUUAAUUAAUAUGUUAUUACAAAAUAAUUAUCAGUCUAGUACAUUUGAAAAGUUGCUAUAUAGCUUCAUUUUAAAUUAUAUAAACUGUAUUCACGACUAAUAUUUUUGUUGGAAAAUUUCUUUACAUUAUGAGAAACACUUAUUUUUUUCCUAACAAAUAUUUUGUACAAUAUUGUUUAAACCUAGUACAUAGUUAUCGAAAAUUAUAACAAUCGUAUAAUAUCUCCGUAAUAAUCAACACAAAAUCUAUGAAUUAGUUUUACAAAUAUUGGGUAUCCAAUGUUACAAGAGAACGGUAUUUUUUAUAGCUAUUAAUAAUCACUUUUGCCAGUUGAAAAUUCAUAUGCCAUAUUAUAUACUUUCCUUGACUUUUCCCUCAAUAAAUUUAAUGAGGCAACUUCAGCAGCUUCUCUAAUUUCUGGAGGUGUUAAAGAAAAGUCACUUUCAUUUUCUAUAUUCAUUUUUAGAUGAUUUUUUAACAUAAUUGGACAUAAGAUAUUAAAAGCCCGAGAAAUAUAAAUACACAAUAAUGUUGAAAAGUUUGAGUCAAAUUUAUAUUGUUUUAAAAACCAUGAGACAUUAAGAAACAGAUAUGUGACAAACACAUUCAAUGUCGCUGAAAGCUCAGUGUUAAUGCUCCGUGCAUUCAAACUGCAGGUCCUGGGUUCGAAUCUGGUCUAGGAAACUUUACUUUUCUAAUUUUUAAGAAUUAUUAAAAAUUGUUUUUUGUAGCUAAAUAAUAUAUUCAAAAAAGCUUCUGAAAACAGUUAUCAGUGGAUUCAUUAACACUGUCGUGAUUAAUAGAUAUUAUUAAGGUCGAGCAAGCGUACGUAUAAUGGGUACAUUAUACAACAGUCGUGGAUAGUGGUAAUUCUCUAGUGUAUAUUGAAUAUCUCAUACGCGAGUAGAAUACUAUACUUUAUCUACGACUUCAAAACAUUUUUGUCGGCAAAUUUUGUUACAUUAUUAAAAACACUAUUGUUUUAUUCUAAGAAAUAAUUCGUACAAUAUAUUAUUGUUCAUUUAAACUUAGUACAUAGUUAUCGAAUAUUAUAAUGAUCGUAUAAUGUCUCCAUUAUAAUCUAAACAAAAAUCUAUCAGUUUUUUGAUGAUGCAACUUCAGCAGGUUCUCUAAUUUCUGGUGGUAUUAAAUAAAAGUCACUAUCAUUUUCUAUAUCCUUUUCAGUUUGUUUUUUUUUAUAUUAAUUUGACAUAAAAUAUUAAAAUAUUGAGAAAUCUAAACAUACAAUAAUGUUGACAGGUUUAAGUCAAAUUUAAAUUGAGAUUUUUGUUAAUAUUUACUGCAUUCCAAUGGUAAAAAAUGCGCUAUAGUCUCUCGCGUCUAGAGUGCGACGACUUUUUUACUUGUUUUUUUCUAUAUACGUAUGGUAUAACCCCUAUGUCUUUUGCAAAUGGCGCUAGACCGCGAAAAUAGCAUUUUGACAUUUAUGAAGUGAACAAAUGCGAAAAAAAAUUCAGAGGUCAAGAGUUUUGAUUCAUUCGAAAAGAACGCGGAAUGCUUUAAUUUUUUUUGCGCAACAAUUUGUCGAUUGUAAGGGCGCAUCGUGGAUUUCGUUGAAGAAUUCCUGGUGUUCCGAAACUGUCCGACACAAGUUUGUAACUGUUCCGAAUAUAUCACUACUGAUGCCCAAUAUGUCGCCUCCUAAUUGGGCAAUAGCUGACAGUUCUUACCCAGAAUUUUAGUGAAAGAUUUGAAUAUGUUCCCUUACAAAGUACAUGUACAUCAGCUAUUACCUGUUAACAUACGAUCAAGCUAUUAUAAAUUUCAAUGCUUCUGAUUAGCCUGCGAGUCCUUCACCCUCUGGUUUCGCUGCUCGAUCUAUUCUACUUCAAUUUAUAAAUUGUUUCAAAAACCAUAGUACAUUAAGAAACACAUAUACCUCACAUAACUCAGUGUUAGUGCAUUAAAACUGAAGGUCACGGCUUCGAUUCUGAUCUAGAAAACUUUUACUUUUUAAAUUUUUAGUAUAAUUUAUCAUUACAAUCACAUUACAGUGUUUGUAUAUUACCCUUAUGAUGUAAUAUCAAACAAUGUACUCAUAAAUUUAUAUUGAUUUAUUGCGCCAAAUUCAUCUUUUAGAAUUACAGUGCCAUAUUUUCACCAUGAUGAAAGGAUUUUGUUUUAAUUUUAAAAUCAUUUGGUAAUGAUAUUGAGGACAAUAAAAACCUGCCUUGUUUAUUGUAGUUAUGUAUGCCCAUGCCUCUCAAAAAAAUAUAAUGAAGUCUAAAAGUCAAAUUAAGAUUUUGUUGAUUUUAUCAAUAUAUAUUUUACUCAUUCAACGUUGCCAAGUUUUUCAUCAAAAUACUUUGGACCAGUUUGUUAGGUCGCUUUGUGAUGCUUUAAAUCACACUAAUGUUGUAUUCAUGUUAUUAUAUAAUAAGAUUUGUAUAAGAAGUGCAAUCUUAUCCGAAAACUCAAAAACCACUUCAUCAAUGAAUUAUCGAAAAUUUUAUCCAAAUUGGAUUCGACGCAUUGAUGAAAACUGUGUAGCUAUCUAAUAAAAUGAUGAAUUUAUAGGGGAAUUUUGUACAAAAUGGGUAACUUAACGUGCUGAAUAGUAUUUGAUUUGUACUAAAAACGAGAAAAUUUGUCAAUAGACAUUUUAAAAACUUUAUUCAAGUACAUAACAUGAUACUAAAGCAAUUAGUUUUCUUUUUCAUUUUAAAAAAAUUUUCAGUUCUCGUUUUACCCUCACCGUGUAGGUAAAAUGGGAAUUAAUAAGGAGGUAAAAUGUGAUACGCAAUAACCAUUAUGUCACAACUAAAAAAUUAACAAAGGAUUCGUGUCCAAUCAUCAAGUAAAAAUGUUGGAAACACAAUAUAGAACACACGUAUUCGAAAAAAAAAAAAAAUAAUAAGUAAGGGUAUAAGAUUCGUUUAUAACUUAACAAAAAUAAAAAGAUUUUGUCCAAUGCUAAACACAAAUCACAAAUAAAAUACUUAUUUUCAUCUUUCGCCCUGGCACAUGCGUCGUGAGCCUAUUUUUUGCAGUUAGAACACAUAAUCCAGCCUUUUCCAUCGUGGUCGUUGGAAUGACUUUCCCAACUCAUCUUUGUAAGGAGUGCUGGUUAGAAUGGCAGCUUUUUCCCUCUUAACAUUCCUUUCUUUUUUAAAGCUUGAUACUUUGGGGUAAGGAAUAAUAUCUUGAAGGCCAAUAAAUGUUUGAAAACCACUGGUGGAUGGUUUAUCAAGUGCAUCGUCUCCAAGUGAAUUUUAGUCUGUUAAAAUUUGCUUUGAGGGUGUAGCUUCACUUUGUUUCUGUAUACUCUCAUUAACUGGCGUUGAUUUUUUUGGUCAUAAUAUUUAUUUGUUAAAGGAUCCUCGCCAUGGAAGGGUUGGAUAAGUCUUUCUGUUGGUGUACUAGGAGAGAACAUAUCAUCUGUAGAGACAGUCUAUUGGAUAGAUAUCUGUCUUUCGAAAUCCCUUUCUAGCUUUAAGUGGACUUGCUGAUCUUAAAAAAGCCUUUCCAAACAACAGACAAAUUUCGAUAAUCGUGAUACACCGAUCUGGAUUAUUCCUCAGCCAAACUUCUAUCUCUUGGGUAUAAAAUGAACUGAGUAAUCCUAUGAAAGCAACGUUAAGCGGUUUCAUGCGGUGGCUGCAGUAUGGAAGGCGACAUAAGAUUGUAAGUCCAUUACUUCUGGCCCUUUCAAUAAUUGCUAAAUUUUGGGUGUGCGUCUUAUGACCAUCAAGAAUGAGUAAUGUGGGAUUCUCCUUAGAUGCUAUGGAAUGAAAUGGGAAAUGAUCAAAACCAUUUUUCAAAUAGUUGCAUCCAUUCCGACUUGUCGGCAGCAACUAAAGUCUCAGGUGGAGCGCCUGAGGUUUCAUACGUACUAUGGGGAUGAUAACCAUUGGCGGAAUAAAUAGUCCACUUGCACUCUUGCAGAUUACUGCUGUGGAUAAUUUCUAUCUCUCAGUAGUGGUAAGAGUUUUCACUUGUUUACGUCCUCCAAUGGCAAUAAUUUUUGAUGGGCGACACCGGACAGUUGUAAUACCCGUUUCGUCUACAUUGAAAAUUAUAAAGGGCAGAAAAUUUUUCUCUGUUUGAAGUUGCUCGAAAUCAAAAAAAUUAUUAACAGAGACUUCAUUAUAUCCCCAAGCACUUUCAAACGAAGCGAUAAUUUGUUUCGUCUUAGAAAAUCCUUAAGCCAUUGCCACUCGACAGUUUAGUAAUAUUGUUAACACUUUUUGUUGUCAAACCAUCAACAUGCUUCCAUUUGCUUGACUUAAUCUAUCUACUGUUUAUCUAAUUCAUUAGGAAAUGUUAUUUCUUUGAACGUCCAGUUGCAUAUUCUUAUUUUUGAACCUCUUUUCCAGCGUAAACUUUGGAACCCCAAUUCUUUUCGGGGCCUGUAAAUAACCACGUUUUAUUUUCCAAGAUCUCAAGACCUUUCUUCACCGUUCGGUUUUUCUUACAUAACAUCGCGGCAUCUUAAAAUAAAGUUCCCAAUUAAAAAAAAAAUUUUAAAAUUAAAUAGGGGUAAAACGGGAUAUCUCAUUUUAUCUCAAAUUUCCCGUUUUACCUCAAUUCAACAUACAUAAAAAUAAAAUUCAUAAUUUGUUAAAAAACUAAAAUAGUCUUAAACUAUUGCUAAUAAAUAGAUUUAACAGAAAAAUAUUUAAAUUUUAUGAAACUUACCCUGGGUAGUCUCUACAGUUGUACAAAUUGUCGCGCCAAAUUAGAAGACAAACGUCGGAAAAUAUAAAUGUGCAGUUCAGCUUACAGCAGAUUUACGAUUAGUCACUUGUUUAGAUUUGAAAUAUGCACAAUACACGUUGUAAACCGCAGCCCCAUUCCACUUCACUAAUGCGGUGUGGUUGCUAUCCCAUUGACCAAAUGUUCCAUUUGGUAUAUAUUUUCCCUACCUGUGGCUUAUGUUCCUUAUUGUUUUUUACGUAUGAGACUCAAAUUUGUCACAAGCAAUCUUAAUUCAAAUGGAAUUGAAGAUUACGCUUACCAUUAUUUACUUGCAAACUCCAUAAAAAAUAAUACCUGUGGUAACUCCUAUUCGUUUUAAGCUAUUGACAUUAAUCAGAAAUUGGGAGAACUUCGUACUGUAUGACCAAUAACAUACGUUUUUUUUUUGGUUAUAGUUUUCGUUAUAAAUAUUAUUUUGCAUCAUGUAUUUCAUCAAACCACUAUGAGUAUCAAAAUACUAAAAACAAUAUCAAUUUUGUUGUUAGUUAUAUAAAUAGCUAAACGUUUUUCCAUAGUUUGAUGAUCCUGUUCUCAUCUUCUAUACAAAAUAUAUCUUUAAGUAACCUUAAUCAUACUUAAAUAAUAUUGUAUACACACAAAUUUUUUCUAAUUUUUUAAGAUCUGUUUGAAGAAAAACCAACACUGGCUUUUUCUUGUACAUAUUAUUAGCUUUAGUAAAGAUGUGAUUUAAUUAAUAAAACUAUAUAUUAAUUUUA